AUGGUGUGGGACGUCAGUAAGAGAGAGGCUGUGUGCGGGAGCCCGGCCUCGCCGCGCAGCGCCGGCAAUGCCAACGUCGUCAUGUGCUCCAGCUGCAGGGACGAGGUGUUUGUCACUGCUGGAAAUUUCACCAUUCGAGUGUGGGAACUCGAUACAGCAACUAAAACAAUCCAUCCAUCUGAAUGCUACGCGGGGCAACUGAGAGGAAUCAGCGUGUGUGUUCAGAUGACAGACGAUGAUGGUGAUUUUCAUCUUGGCACGACGAGUGGAGAUGUCCUGAAAGUGAACACAAGCAGCAAGGUGCUGACUGCCUGUGGGCCCCAGAAGAAGAAGUUGAGCAUGGGAGUCACAGCUUUGCUUUUGCCGAAGACAGGAGGUUUAAUAGUCGGCACCGGAGAAGGGACUGUAGCUCUCUGUACAGGCUCAGACUUCCAAGUAAAGAAGAGAAUGCGAGUUGAAGGUGCUGUCACUUCCCUGACGUGUAGAGGUCGGGACGACCAGUUCUUUAUAGGGACAAAUAAAGGCCAGAUGCACCGCAGUGCCUACGCUACAUUUAAAGAGGAGCUGGUCGCCGUCUGUCACACCGAAGCCGUCAACGACAUUGUUUUUCCUGAGUGAGUAUAACGGGCUGGGCUGUAUUUGGCUGGUGCAGAAGCUUGAGGAGCUGCCGCUGAGGUCAGGGUGCCUGUGUGCGCAGCUUUUACCACAGGAACCCAGAGCCUGGUACCAUCUGUUGGGAUGAUUGAUACGGGCGAUGCUGUCACCUGCCCAAAAAACGCUGGGGUGACGGUGAGCAGCUGCUUCAAAGCAGAAGGCAGCAGUUCAGUUGGAGCACUGGAAAAAUCACUGAUCUGCAGAAAGGAUGAUAAGUAAAAAGACCUGAAUUAUUGAUGUUUGGGCACCGGCAGGGAUGGCAGCCUCCCCCUUUUGUCCCAGGGUCGCUCUGCAUUUGUCUUGUGAACGCACAGCAAAUGUUCCCUUCCUGGGUAGUAGCAUCGUGACUCUUUCUUUUGUUUUUUUAAACCCACAGUGGAUCAUCUCUCCAGAUGGAAAAUGGGAUUUUGAUCCAAAUGAACAUUUUUGGCGUAUUUUUAUUG